AUGCUGAGCCGUUCGCAGUCGCGGCAGGAGCAUGAUGAAGGCCAUGAGCUCCCUCGACAGCCGUCGCUGUUCGUGGUGAGGAGUUCGGACGGCGCAGAGUUCGGGUUGCUGCCGGAGGACUUUCGGGAUGUCUCGACUCUCGGCGAGCUCAAGUACAACCUCCUCUCGCCGCUCCUCUCCAUCCCGCCCGAAUGCCUCAUUCUGAUGAACGAAGAGGGCUCGCCCCUGAAUCGCGACGAAGCAGUCCAACACCUCGCACUCCUCGCCAACACGCCCGCCAGUUCAGCAGUCUUGACGCCGCGACAUGACGGGGCCGGGUCGACGGCGAGUGCGAGGGGGAUGCAGCCGGGCGUCAAGAGGAUUUAUGUGUUUGAUCGGGAACAUCUUGACGCGGAUCCAGAAGAGGUGGCGGCUGCGCUGGCUGUCACGGAAGAGGCGGUCUUGACGGAACCUCCCUUGAAUCCUGAAGACCCGCUGCACUCCCACCUGUCCCUCUCGCUUCACAACCUUCAGACCUUGCACGCUCUGAUCUCGGCAAUCCAGCUCCAGCACGCCUCUCUCGCCCUCGCCCUUUCGAACCUGCACCGCGUCAACACCGGCACCGCCUCGUCCUUCUCGCUCUUCCUCGAGUCCGCUCAGCCGACGAUGCAGCGCUACGAAAACCUCUUGACGGGCUGGGAAGAGUCGAUGGAUGCAGUCGGCAAAGUAGCGAUCGUUGCGCGGCUGUUGAUGCGGCAUGCGUCGAGCGGGAACAGCGUACAUGCAAGGGAGGGAAGCACGUCGAGCGUGCCCCAGCCGGAGAAGCAGCGAUAUCUCGGAGACUACGUCUCGAGGGACAAGAUGCUUGCGGUGCGGGAUGGCUGCGCGAAGGUGCUGGCGGAGCUCAAGUUGCGUAGCGAAGCGCUUCAAGCGACGCUCGACGGUGUUGUCGCUGGUACCGAGGCUGUUCAAGCAGAUCUCGGGGCUACAAAGCUCGAGCUGCAGGACCUCGAGGCUUGUCAGCGCGACGCCGAACAGGGACAUAUGCGCAUCGAGGAGCUCGUUCAUGCCGGUCAAGAGAUGAGCGACCCCGACCUCCGAGCGUCCUGUUUUGAAGAGCUUUCGGUUUGCGACGCCGAGCACCGAGAUCGGAUCCGCUUUCUUGUUGAACGCAAGAACGCCAUGACCCGAUACCUUCUCAACGAGAUGCAGAAAAUCUCGACACUUCAGAGCGACAUCGCCACAAUGCCUUCCGAGCUUGGCGCUCUCGAUCACGAUCUCCGCACGCGGACCGACAACUUCAAGCAUCUCGCUCGUCUCGAGGGCCUGAUUCCCGCCUAUGUCGCCACCGUUGCCGAGGUCGUGCGAAGACGGGAAUACGCCCGCCUGCUAUCGGGACAGUCCGUAAAGCUAUCGUCGACAUUCUCUCCCCUCUCAACCCGCGAGCGUGAGCGACGGGUGCGGUACCGCCAGGACUAUUUUGGCAAGCUGCCCUGGGAGGUGCGAGGGUUGGGCAACGCAACGGACGAGCGGGUACCGGAGAUGGCGCUGGACGUGAUGGGCAGGGACGAAGGAUUGCCAGAACUGGAGAAGGACGCUCUCGACAAACUCGCCAACUCCUUUCGAGACCUGGACGACGCCCUUGCUGGCUCGCCGAAUCCCGACAAUCCGAUCCGCAAGGCUCGCGCAUUGCUAACGACGCUCAUCAGUGAUAUCGAGGCCCUCUGCCAGGAUUUCGAGCGGAUCUCGCUCGACCAACCGCCACCGCGACCACCGAGCGCCGACUUCGCCCGCAUCGCCGAACUUGAAGCGCAGCUGCGGCAACUCGAGGAGACGAACGACUCGCUGUCGCGGGAGCUGCAGACGGAGCGAUCUGCUCGCGAGGAGGAAGUCGCACAGCUCGACUCACGUGCGUCGACCGCCGAGAACGCCCGCAUGGUGCUCCAGCGACGCUUCGAUAGCCUCGAGCGGGACAAGUCCAGCGUCGAACAGUCACAUCAAGGCAUCGUCGCCAGGUCGGAAGACCUCGAGCGCCGCCUCACGGCCGAGUCGCGUCGUAGCGAGACGCUCGAGCGCGACCUCGCUGGUGCGCGAGUGGCAGAAGGCGAGCUCAGGAAGCAGUGGACCGCUCUCGACCAGUCGCACACUCGCCUUCAGGGCGAGCUUGGUACCCUCCGCCUCGGACUCGAUCGCGCAAGGUCGACUAUCGCAGAGCAGGAGGCGAAGCUCGUCGCAGCUGAGGAGUCGCAGCGCGAGCUGACGCUUGCCAUUGCCGAGAAGGACCGCUUGCUGCGAGACCAUCGGUCGGAGGCGGAGCUUGACCGGGCUGUGCUGGAGAAGGAGGCUGCAGAGGCGCAGAGGGGCACGCAGGCGAAGGAACAGGAGUUGGAGGACGCACGGCGGCACGGGCGUCUCUUGGAGGAAGCGAUCGACGGCUUGAAGGAGCAGAUUGGGCGAUGGGAGAAGGUCGCCCAGGCGAAAGAGGACGAUCUCCUUGACAUCCGUAAGGCUGUCGAGGGUGUCAAGGCCGAGAAGGAGAGGGCUCUCGUCGACGCUGACAAGGUCCUGCGCAAGAUGACGGAUCUCGCCAGGGGCGCGAUCACGCUCGCCGGCCGCCUUCGCGACGAGAACAACAAGAUCACGGCCAUCCUGAACACGCCUCCUCCCGCCAAAGUUGAUGGCGGCUCAUCGGAGGUCGACAAGGCCGCCGUCGACGCCCAUGUCCCGGCGGUUCCUGCGCUGGACUAUGCUUCUGGCGACCUCGAAGGGUUGCUCACCGAGCUCGAGAAGUACAACCACGACACGCUCACCGACGCCGUCAAGAACAAGGUCGACAGCCUCACGAGCGUGACGAAGAAGUGGGUGAAGGAGGCCAAGGCGUACCGCGAGCGAGCGCACCGAGCAGCAAGCGGCGCGAACGACAAGAUCGCUUUCCGCAACUUCGCAAAGGGCGACCUUGCGCUCUUCCUGCCGACUCGCAAUUCGGCGGUGCCCGUCUGGGCCGCCUUCAACGUCAGCUUCCCGCACCACUUCCUCAGCGCGUCGGGUGUCAUUGCCGAGCAGAUGAAGACGCGCGAAUGGAUCGUGGCGCGCAUCACCUCGCUGACUGAGAAGGUCGUCGACCCAAAAGACCCGUCGACCAACCCAUACCUCCUCGCUCCCGGCACCAAGUACUACACGCUCGAGGUCGAACCGUGGAGCAGCAAGGAGAGCUCGCGGGCACGUCGACACUCUGCGCCUGACAAGGGCAAGGGCGCCGAGAAGAAGUCGAACGGCAAAGAAUCGCGAGUGCUACCAGGGGGCGAUUCCGAGACGCUUGCGUCGCGGUCUAUGUCACACUCGGCCGCCGAGUCUGCCAUCCUCGUCGAUAAGCCGGCAGCAAUCGCCGCCUCCGUCCCCAGCAUCCGGCGCAGCGUAUCGGAAGGCAUCCCGCUACCUCCAAAUGCCACUGCGCUCGCCCGCUCGGAGUUCACCAUCCCGGAGGCAGACGAAGACCCGCACCUCGGCUCGCGCACGCCGUCGCCGCAUGGCGCGCCCGUCUCGUACCCGACUCUCCGCGAUGACACGCGCUUUGCUUCGCCCUUCACCUCGCCGUCUGGCUUGGCUCGCGCACUAGCUCGCUCCACGUCCACCUCGCCAACAGCCGUCCGUUCUGACCCAUUCGGCCCGUCCUCCCCCGCAACGCCCAACCCGUUCCCAAACUCGUCUGCUCCAGCGGCCGACUCGCCUCUUCGCCAACGCAGCGAGACCCCUCCCGUCACCGAUUACGACCCGUCGCAUACGGCGAGCGGUGCAGCUCCAGCUUUCCUCCCGACCUCGGGCAAGAAGGCUGUUUCUAGCGCCGGCAGCGCCAGCGGCAGUACGUCGGCGAGCCACAGCCCUCGUUACAUCCGCCCUGCUCCGCGAGGGUCUGCGCUUGCUGGAAGGAACGAGCCGGCGCGAGCGUCGCAGGCCAUCGUCUCUGGCUCGCCCGCCUCGACCACCACGUCCUCGCUCAACGCCGCUGCUCGCCCUCGUUCCGUCAGCUCUGGCAGCAGUAUCCUCUCGUCCUCGGUGCACCGUCGAGCAGCAAGUACCGCCUACGGCGAUUCGGGAGUCUCGCCACCGCCCCUGACCGGUGCGAAGGCGCCGUCGACUGCCGAGGCUCAGCUCACGAACUCGAGGUGGAACCUGCUUCAAGACGACUUGGCGAGCCCUUCACCGUCAUCUCAGCCUCGGCCGGUCACGCAGACCGCGACACUCGGCCGGAAGACGACGAAGGGUUGGCCAAACGCAUCUCCAUCGAACGGCUCGCCGCCGUCGAUUUCCCCUUCAGCGCGUUCUCCGCGACGCACGUCCACACUCGGCACGUCUGGAGGCUCGGCAUCCAUCCUCGAGGUCAUCACCGGCCGCAAGGCGUCGUCGUCGCCGCGCAAGGAGUCGUCCAUCUCGGGCGCCGAGGGCGAGAUGCGCAAGCUCCUUGGCCAGCCGCCUUUCUGA